AUGAAAUCUGGAUCUGCUGGUGAGUUGAUAAUGGUAUGCUUAUAUGUGGAUGAUUUAAUUUACACUGGUAAUGAUAGUACUAUGUUUGCUGAUUUCAAACAGUCAAUGAUGACUGAGUUUGAUAUGACUGAUCUUGGACUUAUGCACUACUUCCUUGGCAUUGAAGUAGCACAAACUUCUAUUGGAAUCUUUAUUUCACAGAAGAAAUAUGUUCAAGAAAUCUUGGACAGAUUUCAAAUGGGGAAUUGCAAUUCGGUUGCUACACCAGUCGAACUUGGCAUGAAACUAAGUAAAAAUCAUGAAGGUAAGAAGGUUGAUAGCACUCUAUAUAAGCAGAUCGUGGAAAGUCUUAUGUAUUUGACUACGACCAGGCUAGAUAUAAUGUAUGGAGUCAGUCUCAUUAGUAGAUACAUGGAACAUCCUACAGAAUUGCAUCUUCUUGCUGCCAAAAGAAUCUUCCCAUACUCGAAAGGGACCAUCAAUUUUGGCAUACUCUACAAGAUUGGAAGAAAAUCUGAUUUACUUGGCUUCACUGAUAGUGACUAUGCAGGUGAUCCAGAUGAUAGAAGAAGCACUUCAGGAUAUGUCUUUAAGAUGGGGUCUGGUGCUGUGUCUUGGUCAUCAAAGAAGCAACAAAUUGUUAUUUUGUCCACUACCGAAACUGAAUUUGUUGCUGCUGCUUCUUGUGCAUGUCAAGCUAUUUGGUUGAGGAGGCUACUUGAAGAACUACACUACCAUCCAAAUCGCCCCACCUCAGUCUAG